CAUCUGCAAAGUUGGGAGAAGGGAGGAUGCCGUAUGGAUCGGAGCCUUGAAGGAAGCCGGAAGGCCUACAUUUGUUUGUACCAGUAAAAUCAAAUCUUUGAUUGUUUGUUUCAGCUGGAUUCAGUUGCAUAUCGAAAGUCUUACCCCCCGUUACUCAUAGGUUGCCGUCGACGCGAAACUGAGGCGGCAGAUUUUCAGGCCGGUAAGGAAUCAUCAUCGAUUUUCCGAAGGGCGGAAGGUUGGCAGUGUCUCUGAGGGCACGUUCAUUGGCAUUUGGUUUUGUAUGAAUCCGAUGGUUUUGGACUGCCGGAGGCAGAACCAAGACAAUUUUUAGUUAUGGAAUCUGCAGAUGAUAGAACAAGGUUAAGCCCUGUAGCUACAACUCCAUGUGAAGUUGAUACCGCGGCCAAAGGAUUAGGCAGCGGAUCAGGCGGAUUAGGCUUGUCCGAUCAGUUGAAUGAGUUGAGGACGGAUCCAAUUACCGCUCUAGGAGAAGCUAAUAUUUCUACUGUAGGAGAAAGUUUAAGUAACUCUCAGGUAUCUGAUUGUAAUGAAGCCUUUGAAUUGGGUGCAAAUGCAACCAGUGCCGAGGAUUUUGCUGCCUGCGCGGCCACAGAUGCUUCGCAGAAUGUGCAACCUAGUGAUAGACUAGAAGGAUCACAUUCUCAACCAGCAGAUGAUGCAAACGAUUCAGCAACACAGUCUCCGCCUACGCAGAUGAUGGAGCGGCCAGGCGACCCUGCCUCCUCACCGUAUAGGAUUCCAGAUUAUGUGUUUGCUAGGAACAAAUCAACAGCCCCAUUGGAAUGGAGCACUGAAUCCAAUGAGUCCUUGUUCAGCAUUCAGAUGGGAAAUACGAGUUUUACCAAAGACCAGUUUAACUGGUUGUGUAAAUCUGGUGAAUUGGGUUUACCUGAGGUAAAUUACUUGCCUGGUAGUCCAUGCAACAUUGACUUCACAAGCAACCAGCCUCCGGCUAAGCAAACGGCGCAAUCAGCGGAGAAUGCUUCCAAUAAGUUAAGCACGGUGGUGGAGGAGCCGAGUCUGAGGGUAACAGAAGAGAAAGCUGCGGAAACCAUGAGAGAAGUUCUAAGGGAAAAUGCAGUGAAUCAUGAAAGAGAGAAGUCAACCACUGCCCGCGAGGGUGGCAAGUAUCACUCGGCUCGCCUCUCUCAUGCUUCGGAUGGAAGUACAAGAUCUUUUGCAUUCCCAAUUUUCAGUUGCGUCGAAUCAGGUCCUUGUAGUUUGCAAACUGUGACGUUUGUCAACUUACGUUGAUUUCUUGUGUCGCGUAUGUGACGGAUUGGGACAAGAAAUUAACGAAAGUUGAUGAGCGUCCUCGUGUUGGAACAAGUUGCAAACUACAUGGACCAAACGACGCAGUCCACAAUACCGGGACAAUGUAGAACGUUGUCAAAGCUACAAGGACUGAAAUCGUGUUUCAGACAAUGGCGGAAAUAGCCUUAAGUGCGCCGUUCGAACAAUCUCACCAGAACAAAACCCUACUUGCAACUACGUACUUUUGCACGUUUGCAUGUUUGAGCAAACAUCUGAACCUUGUUUUUGUUCCAUGAAGAUUGUUAGGGGACAUAAAUGUUUCGCUACGGGGAGAAGGAACGAGACACAAGCACCAAUCGGGGUCAAAGCGAACGUCGCAGCGAGAAUCGCAGCCGCAAAUGCCGGAAGAAACACCGAAUGCGUCGUCUCCGCCCUCAAAACCAACCCCAAUUGUACCCAAGUGCGGCUGGGGGCUGUCUUGCUUCUCUUGUUGCCCAUCAUGCUGUACUUAGAAAAAGUUCUGAACAUUUUCUCUCCUUGGAGUUGU